AUGGGAGACUAUGAUAGUGCCAAAUACUGGGCCAAGCAGGGAGUUCGUCGAGGGUUACAGAAAACGCGCUACUACUGCCAAAUAUGCCAAAGGCAGUGUAAAGAUGCAAACGGGUUUCAAUCGCAUAAUAAAUCGCCGUCGCACCUAAGAAAGAUUAGUCAAGUGACAGCUGAGGAUGCUAAGCGCUACAAUGACCAAUUUGAGAAGGGCUUUCUACAGUUAUUAAAGCAGCGGCACGGGGAGAAAUGGAUAGAUGCCAACAAGGUAUACAACGAGUAUGUCCAAGAUCGCGACCAUAUACAUAUGAAUGCGACCAUGCAUCGCUCUUUGACGCAGUUUGUCCGUCAACUAGGUCGCGCGGGCAAGGUAGACGUUGAUAUGGAUAUUGAUGACAAAUCGGAGAGCGUUGAAGGUCCCUUGCUCAUCAGGAUCCAUCCAUCAUCUUUGUUACCAGCUUCUGAAGAUGGACUGUUGCAAAGUCAACAAGAAGAGCAGGAAAUCAUAGCCGCCGAGCUUUUGAAAAGGCAACUCCGUCGUGCUAAGCGACAAAUUGAAGAGGUAAACCGCUCAUCUCAACCAGAGAUUAGAUCGGAAAUAAGCGGGAAGAGCACUUCGGAACCGGUUCGAGUCACCUUCCACGGCAAUGGUCGGGUAAAUAAAAAGAAAAAGAAGGUCCCUCCACGGAAAGACGGUAUCAAGUUCCGUUGA